CCGCGUGGCCGCCUCAGUCGCGACCGAAACGCCGUAAGGGGAAGUGUCGUCAGUCCCCGUAAACCUAACUACUUUUUUCGCAGUUCCAAACAGUUUUGUUUUAAAAGUUUCAAAGGAAGUUUUGUGCAUGAGUCUUUCGUCCUAAUAGACUCUUGAAGGAUACGUGACUGGUCUUCGCUGUGUAGUUUAUUCAGUUUACACGUUUAAUUGUGUUUAUUUUUUGUUAUUGUUAAGUUUUUUGUUUGGUGCAUCUCGCCGGUCCGGAGACCGGCGGUCCCACGGAGGCACCAAGCCUGGACGCACAAUUAAAGGACCACAAAGGACAAAGCCUUUAGGGCGUGUAGUUGUGGUGGUGUCGGCGAGCGGUCGCCGCCCCAACCGUCAAGCUGGCAGCGAGCGCGCUGAGCAUGAACCCGCACUACCACGGGUACGGGGAGCUGAGCUCGCCGCACCCGCCCUCGCCGGAGGCAGCAUUCGCCGCCAACGGGCACGACUACCCGCACAACAACAACAACCCCGCUCUCAAGGAGUGCGCCGGCUGCGGCGGCAAGAUCGUGGAGCGCUUCCUGCUGCACGCGCUCGACCGGUACUGGCACCACGGCUGCCUCAAGUGCACCUGCUGCGGGCAGGCGCUCGCAGACAUGGGUCGCUCCUUCUACUUCAAAGGCGGCAUGAUAUUAUGCAAAAACGACUAUACGAGAAUGUUCGGGUCGAGCGGCGCGUGCGCGGCGUGCGGCCAAGCCAUCCCCGCCAGCGAGUUCGUGAUGCGGACCAGCGCGCCGCAGCAGCCGUUACACGUCUUCCACAUAAAGUGCUUCGCAUGUUCUAAGUGCGGAUCACACCUCAUGCAAGGCGACAGGUACUACAUGCUGGCGGGGUCGCUGGUGUGUGAGCAGGAUUGGCAGAAGCUGAUGAAGAGCGCAAGCGCCGCGCCCGGCCCCGGCGCGCCACUGCGCAAGGGCAAGGUGGGCCGGCCGCGCCGCUCACGAGAAUGAGCACAGACACACUCGCAGCGGGACUAUGAAAAGAUGAUGGCGUGCUCGUACCUGAGCGCUAAGGGCGCGAGGGCACAGGCGACGGCACCGGUAGGGUCGGGGAGUGCGGGCUGCUGGACACCGCCCAACUACACCUGCCUGCCAGAGCCGGACUCACUGCCGGGACACACGCAACUGCCGUGUCCCCAGCCGUGUCCCCGGCCGCACACCAGCACCGACUACCGAACCCUCGGAGCAGCGUGCCACGAGCCAGCCCUCGACCUCACGACCAACUCCUCAUCUCUCAAGCCCCGCGUCCCCUCGCCCACAGGGGACACAGAGUGAUAGUGUUGUGACAAAAGACAAUCGGACUCAAAACGGCCAAUGUAAUAUUAUUACUAAACGUAUCCUUCGACUGAGGAACGGUACGAUUAGUAAUAUUUCUUACAACGCCAGUGAGUUAUUAAGUUAUAUUUCAGUACACCACUAACACGGUCGUUGCCGCGCUCAUUACACUUUUAUCAGAUUUGUAAACAGUACCAUCGCGCACAAAUAUCCGUGUAACGAUCGUGUUGGCGACUGUACUCUUUACAUAUUUAAUUUCGGUUGUGAAAAUUGCAAUUUAUGUAAAACUUACUCGCUGCUGUGUAAAUUUCUAUUGAAAUCUGUAACUUAGCGUUGUUCGGAAUGAGAUGUGUUAAACACAAAGCGUGUUGUUUCUAUAAUAAAAGUGAUAUUGUAGAUGUGAGUGAACAAAUGCAUAUCCUAUGUAUUGAUAUUGUUACAUAUUAAAGCACUCACUAAAUAAUUUAAUCUAUAAAGUAUAAACAAACGUUUAUGCUUUCAACAUUAUUCAAUGGAAACAUCAGUGUACUUAAAACAUAUUAGGAAGUAUUUAAACCUAAAUGAAUCGUAUGCGCUUAUGAGGUAAACGCAAUAAACAUCGAACAAAGAACUUUUUUAACAUUAUCAGUGUAUGUUAGUUAAAAAUAAUAUACAAAUCACAGACCAUUAAGAAUAGUAUUUCAAUAAGUUGUGAUGGAAUUUAUUGGUGUUUUUAUUUAUUUUUUAUUACGUUGUGGAUAUUUUGUCUAUUGUUUUGGUACAAUUAUGGACAUUUUCAUUAUUAUUCUUGCCAACCGGUAACAUAUGUCGGUGCGUACUAACGUCUUACACUCUGUGAUUUGUAAUCUUGCGUGUAAAUAAAAUCUCGAAUAAAUUUGUUAUUUCGUUUAUAAUGACGCGCUGUUACUUAAACUUCUAAAUAGCUACUUAAUCAUUGAAACUGUAAAUAUUAGUAUUAAAGAAUUUAGAUCAUAAGUAGACACAUCUCGUACCUAUUAAGGCGCGAUCUUCGUAGCAAUAAUGAUGGAUGCCAAUGUUGAAGUUUCCAGCCGUGUAACCGUGCACUCUGUAUAUAACUGUGGUUUACCAUCGAUAUCAUGACUCGUUUGAAUCAAUUAUUUAAACAGUUAGUGUAAUUUAUAAACGCUGACAUUCCUUCUUGUUAUUGAAAUAAAAAAUGUGUACUUCUGCUCUGAAGAUUAGAAAUCCACAGAAUACAUAGUUUAAUCCGUAUUUAAAUUACCGUACUUAUUGAGUACAUAUGUUAGCGUUUAGAUAAUCUUGCCAUCUAUAAAUACCUUUAUUUUACUCAUUGUAAAUUGCUCGACUUUGAGAGACAUUAUUACAAAGCCUUGUUAUUACAAUGUGUUUACCAUUAUCAGGUAUUGAGUGCUCUCUCAAGGCUGCAGCAAUCUGUUUAGUAACAAUACAGUUAUGGUGUUACCAGUACUUACACAAAGAACGAUAUUGCAACUAUACUUAGCCUAAGGAAUACGGCGACAGGAAGAGAUAUUAAAUUUUGUAAAUUA